UAAUAACUAACACCUGUUUCCAAUUGCAGUAAGCUUGGGGUAUCAUGCUUCAAUAUGAUCAAGGACUGAGUCCAUCAAUAGAUUAAAGUCUCCUCCAAAUAUUAUAUCAUGAGGGGUGCCAGCAGCUUGCAACAUCCCUUCAAGAUCUAUAAAAAAGCCCUAAUCAUCAGUGUUAGGUACAUAAAUAUUAGCCAAAAUAAAACUUUUCCCCUGAAUUUCUGCUAAAACAAUAAUGACUAUUCCUAAUUGAUCUUUAAUCUGUUUGAGACAUUUGAAUUGAAGAUGCUUACUUAUCAAUGUAACGACUCCCCGGCUCUUACUUGAGCUAGCACUAAAGACAUUUACAUUUAUGCAUUUGGCAGAUACUUUUAUCCAAAGCAACUUACAGUGCACUUAUUACAGGGACAAUCCCCCCGGAGCAGCCUGGAGUUAAGUGCCUUGCUCAAGGACACAAUGGUGGUGGCUGUGGGGAUCGAACCAGCGACCUUCUGAUUAUCAGUUCAGCAUUUUAACCCACCACUCAUAUCUUCCCGACUCAAUUUCAGCUAAAUGUGACUCCCAUUUAAUCUAAAUGACCAAAACCAUGAAGUAAAAUUACCAGUCAGAAUUGAUGGUGUAAAUAUAAACCGUUUGCACAGCAAAAAUCAUAAAGACUGGAUGUUUGUUGUAUACUGCCAUUAAAUUAAGGUACAAUUUGAUGAUUUAAAUUUGUCCCUCUUUAUUGUGUUUAUUGUAGAGCUGAUGGAAGUGAAAGAGGAAUGUGAAGAACUGAAGGAACUGGAGGAGGAACAGCAUGAUUUCAUAACUGGAGAAAAAUCUUGGAGUGGCUCAAAGACAGAAAAUAAUUUCUCUCCAAAAAAGCCUCAAAGAAGAGCAGCCAAGAAAUCUUUCACCUGCUCUCAGUGUGGAAAUUGUUUCACAUGUAAAAGCAAACUUAAUAAACACAUGAGAGUUCAUUCUGGAGAGAAACCUUACACGUGCCAUCAGUGUGGGAAAAGUUUUGCAUAUGCACCCAGUCUCAAGAGUCAUCUCUUUUGUCACUCUGGAGAAAAGUCAUUUGAAUGUGAUAAGUGUGGUAAAACAUUUGUUCUGGCACAGUCCCUAAAACAACAUCUGAAAACUCACACAAAUGAGAAGCCUUACAAGUGUUCAUUUUGUGGAAAGAGUUUUGCACAACUGUUCUAUUUGAAACAACACCAGAAAAUACAUACCAGUGUGGCGGCUCAUAUGUGCUUUGAAUGUGGGAAGUUCUUUAUUACAGCCAACAACUUGAAUAAGCACCAAAUAAUUCAUACUGGAGAGAAACCUUACAAGUGCUCACACUGUGGAAAGAGUUUCACUCAGUCAGUAAACCUGAAGACACAUGAGAGAUUUCAUACUGGAGAGAAACCUUACAAGUGCUCACACUGUGGAAAGAGUUUCACUCGGUCAGAAUUGCUGAAAACACAUGAGAGAAUUCAUACUGGAGAGAAACCAUACAAGUGCUCACACUGUGGAAAGAGUUUCACUCAGUCAUCAAACCUGAAAACACAUGAGAGAUUUCAUACUGGAGAGAAACCUUACAAGUGUUCACAAUGUGAAAAGAGUUUCACUCAGUCACAAGACCUGAAAAAACACGAGAGAAUUCACACUGGAGAGAAACCUUACAAGUGCUCACACUGUGAAAAGAGUUUCACUCAGUCAGUAAACCUGAAAACACACGAGAGAAUUCACACUGGAGAGAAACCUAACAAGUGCUCAAAUUGUGGAAAGAGUUUCAUUCUGUCACAAGAUAUGAAAACACAUGAGAUAAUUCUCACUGGAGAGAAGCCUUACAAGUGCUCACACUGUGAAAAGUGUUUAGCUCGGCAGGGGUUCUUAAACUUUCUCAGCCUCAGCAGUUACAGAUCAGGAGCUUCAGUUAAUGUUCAUAUCAACCAUAUGAAUGGGGAAAAAACAAAUAUUUCAUUGAUUUAGACAGUGGUAUGAUUGUUUGUCAGAUGGGCUGGUUUGAGUAUUGCUAUAACUGCUGAUCUCCUGGGAUUUUCAAACUCAACAUUCUCUAUAAUUACUAAGAAUGGUGCCAAAAACAUAUGGUGAGCACCAGAUCUGUGGAUGGAAACAUCCUAGUUGAUGAGAGAGGUCAACAGAGAAUGGCUAGACUGGUUUGAGCUGACAGAAAGCCUACGGUAACUCAGAUAACCCCUCUGUAAAAUUGUAGUGAGCAGAAGAGCAUCUUAGAACGCACAACAUGUUGAACUUUGAGGGUUGAAGUCGACGUGGUCUUCUGCUGUUGUAGCCCAUCCACCUCAAGGUUCGACAUGUUGUGCAUUCUCAAAAUCUGACAAUUCUGGAAUCAUAAAUUACCUUAAACUACAAAAAAUAUAUAUUUCCCAGCUUGUAUAGCUAAUGCGAGUUGUUUGACAGGUGAUAUAUUAAAGGUGAUUGGCUCUUUUUCCUUUUAAGGCGGGACUUCCUUUCUACAUCCGUUGACCGUUGGGUGCUUAGAGCUCCUUGGUUGGGCGUUCCAAAUUCUCCAAUUAAUUUUAAUACAAGUGGCUCAUCUCUGCCAAGUAAUCUCUGCUUUAAAUCAAAGGGAGAACCAGGUUUACCUAAGUUUAGAAUGACAUUACUGUGACUGAUUUUGUUGAGCAGAUGAUUGCAUUCAAUGAAAUACAUGAUUAAUGACCACUUUAGUAGUUAUUAUUAAAAUAAUUAUUUUUGAUACUGUUUUAUUGUUUAUUGUUAUUAUGAUAAAUAACAGCUACAAAAACCAUAAUUCAGCAUAUACGAAGCAAAAAUUCAUAGAUGUGUUUUUUUAAAUGUAUUGCAU